UGUGCAUGAAGAGAGCCCUCCUCUCGGAGAGGCAGCGCCGGGCCCCUCCUCUGGAGUGCUGACGGUACAAUGAUAUAAUAAUGAUGGGUGGCGGAGCCCGCAUUUGAACUUGCAGGCAAAGCUCGCGGGGUGCUUCGUUUUGCCGCAAGCGCCUGAAGCCGCCUGGAAUCAGGUGUUCGCCGCCGCCGCCGCCGGAGGGGGGGCCACGAGGAAGCGGGAGCCAAGCAGAGGACUUGCAUGCGGCUACUGGGGCACCUCUGGAUUAGCAGCACGCUGGGAUUUGUUGCCUCCUCUGCCUCUGCUUGUUCGCAAUCAACUGCUUUGGAAGGCCAAGAUGUUAAAAAGUAUCUUAUGGAUGUGUUGGAGCUUAGCCAUGACAUAUGCAUUCCGCAAAGUUAAAGUGGAAAAAAGUCCACCGGUGAAGGGCUUCCUCGCUGGAAGAGCUGUCCUUCCUUGCUUCUUUUCAACCUUGCCUACUUUGCCACCAAGCUACCACAAUACAAGUGAAUUUCUUCGGAUUAAGUGGUCAAAGAUUGAGCAGGAUAAAGGUGGAAAAGAUCUAAAAGAAACCACAGUUUUAGUGGCCCAAAAUGGGAAUAUCAAGAUAGGACAAGACUACAAAGGGAGAGUGUCAGUUCCAAGCCAUCCAGAAGACAUUGGUGAUGCAUCAUUGACUAUGGUGAAAUUACGGGCAAGUGAUGCUGGGGUUUACCGCUGUGAUGUCAUGUAUGGAAUUGAAGAUACCCAGGACAUCGUCUCGCUGGCUGUUGAUGGUGUUGUGUUUCACUACCGUGCAGCAACCAGCAGGUAUACUAUGAAUUUCCAGCAAGCUCAGGAGGCUUGUUUGGAGAAUGGUGGUGUUAUAGCAAAUCCUGAUCAGCUGAAAGCUGCAUAUGAAGAUGGAUUUGAACAGUGUGAUGCUGGAUGGUUGUCUGACCAGACUGUUAGAUAUCCCAUUAAACAACCCAGAGUUGGCUGCUAUGGAGAUAUGAUGGGCAAGGAAGGAGUCAGAUCCUAUGGGUAUCGUCUUCCCAAUGAGACUUACGAUACCUAUUGCUAUGUAGGAAGCUUAAAUGGUGAUGUCUUCCAUAUAACUUCUCCCAACAAAUUAACCUAUGAAGAAGCCAAAAGGCAAUGUGAGGUGCACGAUGCAGAGCUUGCUUCUGUGGGCGACCUGCACGCUGCUUGGAGGAAUGGCUUUGACCAAUGUGACUAUGGUUGGCUAGCUGAUGGAAGUGUGCGUUAUCCUGUUUCUGUGGCAAGAAUUCAAUGCGGAGGAGGUUUACUUGGAGUGCGAACCCUGUAUCGCUAUGAGAAUCAAACAGGCUUUCCUUAUCCUGACAGCAGAUUUGAUGCCUACUGCUUUCAACGUAAGGAGAACAUAUCAGAUUCUGCAUCUGUUGAACUGAUCAUACCUUUUGAAAAUGGGCCAGCCAAUGUAGUAUCUAAGCAACCAGUGCCUGAUGCAAAAGAGAAGAUGCCUAAGAAGAUUAUUAGUUUAUCCACUGUUCUACCUCAGACCGUUACAGACUUUUCUGAUUCAUCGGAAGUGACAGAAUCAGAUACUAUACGGAGUGACUUCGUAGUCAUUACACCCACACGGGCUGUUCCUGACCUCAGUGAGGAAGUUCACUGGAGUUCUGAAAGUCAGACUGAACCAAUAGAGGUAGGACCAAUAAGAACUUCUGUAGCUGUUCUAUUGAGAACUGACUUGAGUGAACCUGUAGAAACAGAGACUUCCAUUACUCUAACAAAGGAAGAAACACAUCUUGGCAUCCAGCCCACAAAAGAAUCUUUGGAAGCAAAAGCUGACACAAAACUCACAACUGUUGUCAUUCCAAAAGAGCUGCUCACAGUUCAUCAUGAACAAACUGUAGAGGAGAAGGAGUAUGUCUCUGUUAGGCCUGAUCAGAGGCCAGUGGCUUCUAGCAGUGUUCCAGAACUAAGUGUAGUUAAAGUGUCAAAGCCAUUCUUGGAUGAGAAUGCUACCACAUCAAAAGAUGAGUCAACCUUAUUUGAAAGCAAAAGACCACCAGCUACAGAACAUACAAAGAGCUACGAAACACCAGUUUUUACAGCAACUGAUAGAACUAAGGUAGUAUACAGCACUGAUUCAGCAGAAUCAAAAGGGAAAGAAGAAAUGUCACCUGCUGAAAGCACUGUGACAUCCUUUGCUGCAGGGGGGUUUACCAAAACAGAAAGAGAUGAUGUGCCAAGACAUCAUGAUAUAAUAGUGUCCACACCAGGAGUGCAACAAGAGAAGACUGAAGGCACAAUAGAUAAGAAAUAUGAUUGGACUUUUGAAGGGAGCACAGCUGAAUGGCAGCCAGAUUUAGAAGUCCCCAGGCAAAUAACUACGCCAUCAAUGGACACUGAAGACACAACCGGCCCAGAUUCAGUUGUGUUUACAGAUGCAACAAAGAUGGCAACUUUGACUGCAAUGUCAAGGAGAGAACCUGGCAUUUCCCUGGUUUCUGAAACCUCAGAAGAUCAAACUGUUAAAGAUGCAGUGACUAUUACCAUUCCAACAGGUGCUACAGGGAAAACAACAGAGGCUACAACAAUUUUUCAGGAAGAAUCUGGUACUAAAGAUCAAGCUAUAGAAAAGCUGUCCCCUGCCCCAGAUGUUACAGCUGUGGUUACAAAGUUGCCUGGACAUGAUGUUGAAGGAUCUGCAUAUGAAGAAAAAUAUGCAGCAACAGAUGCUUUGAGCACAAGUGUAAAAAUAGCAACCACAAAGCCUGACCUUUCUUCCACUGAUACUGCCACUGAACACAAAUUAAAAACUACGGAUGUUCCUCCCACACAACCAAGCAUAGAAAGUGAAAGCAAAGAGCCUGCAAUCAAACCUGUAGGCUCCCUUGCAACAGAAGCUAUCGGUCCUGCAGCUGAAAAAUCUACUGAUAUGGAGAAAGUCGAUACUCUUCCAACCCAUAGUCCAGAAGGUUCCGGAACAACAGAAGAUGCUAUAGGAACGGAACCUGUUUUAUUUUCAGCUAUUGCAACAAGCAAACCAACAGUUGUAAGUGGCAUAACCACAUCUACCAUUGCUGCAGUAGACAAAAUCCGACCUACUUCAGCACCCAAGCCUUUAAUUACCAAAACACGACCACCUCUAAUUGACAGGGAACCUGAUGAGGAUACGAGCAAAGACAUGGUAAUAAUUGAUGAAUCUAUUUCUACCAUUAAAACCACUACUGAUGAUGAUUUUACAGGCACCACAGAAUCAGAUAUUGAUAAAGAAUAUUUUACAUCAUCAAGUGUCACCUCAGUUGCACAGCCCACAGGACCACCCACAGAGGUUUUAGAACCUCAAGAAGAGCCUCCUUCUACUUCAGAUGAUGGCAUAGGGGUGGAAAGCAGCCCUGACAUAAAUUUGUUUGUUGUUGCUAUCUCAGGCAAUGAUACAGAUCCACUGCAUGGAAUUUGGGAUAUGCUUGGUUACCCAAUUCAUCCAGAUGAAUCAGAUGAGUCUUCCAUAGAUUCUGAAUCAACACACGAACCCUGCACAGCAACCCCUGAUGAAGAGUCUGAAGAAAUCCUUAUUCUGGGACAUUUCUAUCCAGAUUUAUUCAAUCUUGGGGAAGGAGAGGAGGAAGAGGAGGAGGACUGUGAGAAUGCUACUGAUGUCACAACUCCCCCAGCAUUGCAGUUUAUAAAUGGGAAGCAUCAGGUGACCACUGCACCUAAAGAUCCAAAAGCUGAAGAAGUAAGAAGUGACCAAAUUGAAAGUUUAGCACAUUCCAAAAAUGUAACAUUUUCUCAAAUCAAUGAAACUAACAUAGUGUCUGAGAAUGAAGCCUCUAAUGUAUCACAGUCCGGUGAAUCUACUGAAAUAAUAGGAGAAGAUACAAUUACACAAAAGCUAAUGGCAGAGUCUGUGGUGACGGAACUGGUCUUCAGUGGGGAAUCAGAAAUUUCUACCACAGAUAAAACCCUUGAAAAAACAUUUGUGUAUGACCAGUCUCCAUCAGAAACUACAGACAAAUUGAAAGAAUCUGGAACAGAUUUUCAAAGAAUCCCAACUAAACAUCCUAGCACUUUCUCUUUAAGCAAUACAAAAUAUGCAGGAGAUAUUACUAUCCAGCCUGAGUUAAAUAGUUAUGCCUUUUCACACACACUGAAAACAACAUUAAAAGAAGAUUCGAAAAGGGUUUCUCUUAUAACUACUGUUCCAAGUAGGUUUCCUCCUUCAACCACGGUAACUGUAGCCAUGGAAGAUACAAAGCCAGAAAAUGAAGCUUCUGUUUAUCAGGACUAUUAUAAAUCAACAAUUAGACCUGACAUACUUUCUUCAGUGAGAAGUUAUUUGGAAACAACCAGAAGUUCAUGGGAUUUAGCUGAAGGCUCUGGAGAUGUUAAAGAAGAGAUUUCUAAAUCUAAAGUUGUGAUAAUGAAAACAGCAGGAACUGAAAAGAUACCUGUUCAGGAAGUUUUCUCAGAUCUUAGCCAACCUAUGCCUACCAAAAGCAACCUUAACAUUUCACAGCUUCCUGCUACUUCACACAAAGAAACUAGUUCUACACUUGAACAAACUUCCAUAGAAGCUAUUAUUCCUCAAUCCGUUACUGAAUUGAAUUUAGGGGAAAAAAAUCUUACCUCUAUCACAAAUGCAAUAAAUGUGGCGGAAGAUGAGAAAGCGACUAUGAGCACCAUUUCUUCACCUAAGGAAUAUUCAACACUUGAGACAGAAAAGUUGCUGUUCAAUAAUGAACUGAAGAACUUUAGUGAUAUUGUCAGGGCUGUGAGUCAAGAAUCCAUAACCCUAGCCAAAACAAUAUCUGUGACAGAUAUAUCACCACUCAAAACUGAAGAUUUAACAGAAGGGAGAAUGUCCACUGAUGAAGAAUCUGGUGGUAGAUCCACAGGUGAUUGGCGGAAACCUGAAAAAGACAUACUUUUGGGGGGUUCCACAAAAAAAGUGGUAAGUACUGACUCCCCAUUUAUUGAUCCAGGUUCUGGAGAAAUGGAUGUUAUAAUGCAGCCUACCACCUUGACUUCGUUCCCACUGAGGUCUGCACCUGGAAGCAAUGACACACAAGUAAAUGAGAUAGAUAUUCUUAACACAGAUACAUCAUCUUUGAAACACGCAAUAACUGUUGAUCCCACAAUACAAGUGUUAAGUACUGAAUCACAUAGGCAGACCAUGGAAACUAGAAUAAAAGAUCAAGUACCAAAUAAUGUAACAGAUAACCAAGGACUACUUACAUUGUCAUUUAGUGAAAAGGCCAUUCUGGAGUCAGAUGAAGAGGUGACAACGUCUUCUUCAACAAAGGAAGAAAAAACUGACUUAUCUGAAACAUAUGGCAUGACAUCAUCUCUGAAGCCUCUGACAAACAUUGCUUCUGACAUCAUUGUGACUCAUAGUAUCAGAAGUAUACAGCCAGUAAUGGAAUCAACUGAAAGUACUGUAAUAAUUUCUUCCAGUACUCCAAGAAUAUUGACAGAAAACACUGACAUACAAAAAAUAGGCUCUGGAUUUACAAUAAAUGAAACAUUAGAAUCUGCUCAACCAGAAAAUGCAAGAUUUUCUCCAACCACCAUUACAGAGAAAAUUCACAUGGUAGACAUGGGCUCUGGAGAGGAAUUCAGAGAUGAUAGAAGUAAUGUGGUGCUAGUGCCUCAUGAUCCUAUGGAAAGAAUAAUUGAUACCAAAUUUCCAGGGAUUGAACAGGGUUCUGGAGAUACAGACUCCUUUUCAGAGCCUCUGAUAAAAACAACAGUUUUAUCACAGUUACUCUUAGACAGACAAGGUACUCAAACAAUAAAAAAUGAAAGAGAAGUUAGUAGUACAUCUACAUAUCAACAAUUUACAGAUGCACCUACAAAGUUAGAUGUAAGUAGUGACACUGUGAUCAUGACAAUCAAUACAGGAAUUACAAGACAAGUCUCUAAUAUACCAAACAUUGAGGAGAAAAUACCAGUUGAGUUGGAAACAACAACUUUUUCUCCAGAAACUCCUUUCAAAGAUGACAUGAAUUCUGAUAAAGAAGAUUCCGCUGAAAUGUCAGGAAAAAUGGCACAAAGAGUAACAACACAAGAAUAUUUAAUUAAAAGCACACAAUCUAUUAUUGAACAGCUAAGAAUGUCGGCUGUAUCUACAUUUACCCCAUACUUAGAAGAAACAAAAACUUACAUCACUUCCAGUCCUGAAUUUGUGCAAAAAAAUCCCUCUUCAUAUGAUAAAGCCCUCAUAACUGAAUCCAAAACAUUUCCAAACCAAGUCAUUAGCACUUCAGUAACAGUCGGAGAGAAAGAAGAGCAGUCAGAACAAAAUGUUUACUCUACUGAAGAUAGCCAUAAACCUUCCAGACUGUAUAAGCCAAUAACUACAAUUAUCAGUAAUGUUCCAUUGUUCUCAGAACAAGGUUCAGGAGAUGAAUUUUUUACAGUUCCGUCCACCAUAAUGCCCUUAAGUUCUACGAUAUUGACAGAAAGUAUAACUGCAUUAAAUCAUGACAUUCUUCAUCCUAAAAGUUCAGGAGUACAUUUUUCGGAGGAGAAAAUAAAGGAAUCUAAUAGACAGUCCAUUGAACCAAAUGAAGAUUCUAGCAUUGAAAUCAAAUUUCCAUAUACUAUAACAGAAACAUUGCCUACAGCAAGAGACAAAAGAAUGCCUGCUGCAACUACUUUAGAUGCUGGAGCCAUUGACACUGAAACAUCUACCAUCAAGCACUUCAUUCAUGAAAAUUCUCAGAACCAGGGAAAAGUAACUUUAUCAAUACCAACUGCUAGAGAGGGAAGUUCCCAAGGGGAACAUCAAGAAGAUACAACUUCUCCUUCUAAAUUAUUUAGUGGAACCCCAAGUCUGGGUACAGCCCAAACACUUAAAACUACCUCAAACCCAAAAAUGUGGAGCACAGUUCAUGAAAGUUCUGGAGAAGGAUCUGGCUGGAUAGACAUGAUAGGAAGGCAUUCAGAAUCACCUACGCCGAUGCCAAAAACAGAAGCAACACUUGAAUUUCAUAGCCAUGGUGAAAAAAUUUCAGACGUGGAUCCAGAUGUAGCAAUGAAUGUAUCACAAAUGGUAACAAUAUCACCCACCCACAGAUAUAAACAACAACAUAUGUUACCAACCUCAGACAGUGGUCUUUCAGAGACAUUUGCAGAUGAAAGUUCUACAAACAACAUAAAAGACUAUGAGGAACUUAUUGUGAUUGUUGAUAGCAAAAGGAAUUAUUCACAGGAUAUUUUGAACUUUAAUGAUGAAACAACAAUUAUAGAUGCUGAUCAGUUUAAGUCAAGACUUGAAGACAUAAACAGCCAAGCAACUGCACAUACUGAAAGGCAUUCAAUGUAUGAUGUUCAUACUACCACAACUGAAAUUGACAUUCAGAAUACAUCACCUGAAAUUUCUCUAACCAAUGAUAAAUCAGGUAACUUUGGAGAUAGUCAAGGAAAGGCAGUAACCAGUAACUUAAUACAUAGUGAACACAUAACAUCUAAACACACACUAAUAUCAGAUAAUGUUGGUUCAGGAGAUGACAUAACUUUCACAACAGAAACUCCCAUCACUCAGGAGUUACCAAAAAUGGCCACUUGGCUCCCAACCAUGUCACUUCCUUUCAGCAUUACUAUACCUUCUCCAACCAGUCCCAGAGCUGGUGAAAAAGCUGAAGAAUCACAGUUUGGGAUUAAACAUGUAGAAUCCAAAGGUACAGUAGACGACAACUCUGAAUUGCACACAUUAUCAGACAACCAGGCAAUAGCAGACGAAAGUGAAGUUGUUUCUACCUCUGGUGUUUCAGAAGAACAAGAAGUAGAGAUAGAUAAAAAAAAGGAUUUGGUGCCUUCUGCAUCACCAUACAUAACUGUUAAGUCAGGGCAAGCUUUGAUAACAAACAAAUCUAAAGAAAGCACUGUUACCAUUCAGCUUGUUUCCCAAAGUGAGGAGGAGAAUGACAUUUACAAAGGAAUGAAAACUGCAGCAACAGAACCAGUAGGAAGUGAUCCAGAAAAAUUAUUUCCUGUAACACCAACAUUUCCUGUGACAGUCUAUUUACUUAAUGGAGCUUCUGAGAACCCUGAUGAAAUCAUGCAAAGUACUUCAUCAUCAGCUGAUUCUGACAAGCACCAUUUGUCAUCCAUGCAGACUUUUAGAGAAGCUAGUGCUGACAUUGCAGCAACUUACAAACCUUCCCCUAAAGAUUCAUCAGAUAACAUAGAGUUUCCAUUAGAAUCUUCUCCCCAACUGGAAUCAGAAACUAUCAUCACUGAAAGUACACCUAUUUCCAGUGGGCACGUAACAGAAAUGAAAGAAAAGCCAGGAAGUUCUACAGAACAAGUUCCUACAGUAGAAUCACCUGUUUCUGGAGAACUCCUUUCAAAGGAAGCAAAACCAACAAACUUUACACAUUCAGACACUGACAUUUUAGAAGCUAGCUCAGAAGAUUCUUCCUCUGAAAGCGUGACAGAGCUAAACCAAUUAGAUGAAAAUAGUGCUGAUGGAGGCUUACCAUGGGUUCGCACUAUGCCUUCUGCAGUUCCACAUGAAAGUAAAACAGGUGGAAUAUUUGGUGCUGAUGAGGAAGCUGAUGCCUGGCCAAUUUCAUCCCCACCAUCUGUGGAUACCCCAACUGCUUCAGUUAUGCAGAAGGAGCCAACAACAAUUUCUUCUAACACUGCAACAAAAAGCCCAGGCCUGGAAAUCAUUCCCGACUAUAACAAACAGACAAGAAACACUGAGGAUAUGAAUAUGAAUGAACUUGUAACACCACCAUUUUUACCUCUGGAUAUUACUAAUGGAUCAAAUUUCCUGAUUGGCACAGGUGGGGGUUCUGUUGAAGGCACUGCAGUUCAGAUCCCAGGCCAAGAUCCAUGCAAAAGUAAUCCAUGUCUUCAUGGAGGGACUUGCUAUCCACGUGAUUCUUUCUACAUCUGCACAUGUAUUCCAGGUUACAGUGGUGACCGGUGUGACAUAGAUGUUGAUGACUGCCAAUCCAGUCCUUGCAGAAAUGGAGCUACAUGCAUUGAUGGUGUCAAUACAUUUACUUGCCUUUGUCUUCCAAGCUAUGUUGGGGCACUUUGUGAAAAAGACACAGAAACCUGUGAUUAUGGGUGGCACAAGUUCCAAGGGCAGUGCUACAAGUACUUUGCCCAUCGCCGGACAUGGGAUGCAGCUGAAAGAGAGUGCCGCCUCCAGGGAGCCCAUCUGACUAGCAUCCUGUCUCAUGAAGAACAGCUCUUUGUGAACCGUCUAGGACAUGACUAUCAGUGGAUUGGCCUAAAUGAUAAGAUGUAUGAGAAUGAUUUCCGCUGGACUGAUGGCAGUGUGCUGCAAUAUGAAAACUGGAGACCAAACCAACCAGACAGUUUCUUUUCUUCUGGAGAAGAUUGUGUGGUUAUAAUUUGGCACGAGAAUGGCCAGUGGAAUGAUGUACCAUGCAAUUACCAUCUCACUUACACUUGCAAGAAAGGAACAGUUGCUUGCGGUCAGCCUCCAGUUGUAGAAAAUGCAAAGACGUUUGGGAAGAUGAAGCCUCGUUAUGAAAUUAACUCAUUGAUCAGAUAUCACUGUAAAGAUGGCUUCAUCCAGCGCCAUGUUCCAAUCAUCCGGUGCCAAGGGAAUGGACGAUGGGAUUUGCCUAAAAUUACUUGCAUGACUCCAGCAUCCUCAUUCCAAAGGACUUAUUCUAAGAAAUAUUAUUAUAAACAUUCUUCACCAGGGAAGGGAAACUCAUUAAAUUCAUCAAAACAUUUUCAUCGUUGGAUCAGGACAUGGCCGGAUUCAAGGCGCUGAACGCACUUCUGGUGAAAGUGAGGUGUUCGCCAAGCCAGCCAAAGUCCUAACUUACUGUGCCUUUUUCUAUCAAUUAUAGGAGUAUUAUCAAGCAUUUUUUUUAAAAAAAAAAACUUAAGGACCUCAGUACUCACAACACAUAUCAGUGAUUGCUACAAAUGAAAGUUUGAAAAGGGAGCCAUUUCCAGCCUAUCUAGUAUGUUAAUUUCUCUAUGUCAUUGGUGAGGGACCAUUUGAUUAUCUAUGCCAGCAUCCUAUAAUAAUUAAACUGUUCCAUUUUAGCACCAAUGAUAAUGUAAAUAAGAUGAUUUAAUGGUGUUUAAAUGUGUGUUGUGUUCAAAAACCUGUAUAUACAAUGAAAUGUCACACUAAGUUCAGGCUUAUUUAUGGCUAUUUGGCCUCAGAGGUCUUUAAUCAUUUAUUUCAUUUGUCUUGAGGUACUUCACCAGGCUGGAAAUAGUUUUAAAAUGCUGUCUGCUCUCUUUUUGUAAACGUGGGAGAAUACGGCUGAAGAUGAACAAGCUGAGCAGCAUCUUGCUUUGGAAACAUGGCGAUUCCCCACCCGAGAUACAUGUACAACCAUGUGGUAUGAACCUCACAUCAGGAGUACAAUCCAUGGAGCAACACUAUACUGCCAUGUACUGUACUAGGGAUUGCCAUGUGGACCUUGACUUUUGCCCUUUCCAGCUUCAUCAUCAUCCAAAAGGGACUUACCUGGAGGACUUUUUUUUUUUAAUGACAAGGAGGGCCUGUAGGAAUAAUAAAAAGUGCUAAUACAAUAAAUUUCAGCCCAGGGCUACUUUUUAAAAAGAUGACUUUUACAACACUAACCACAGGUCAAUGUUACAGCUCUCUGCAUUUUAAGAUGGAGUUAGACAGACCAACCUUUUUUUUUUUGUAAAAAAAAUAAAAUAAAAUAAAAAGUAAAUAAUUUUGUAUAUAAAUAUAUAUAUAACCAUUUUUAAUCCUUUUAUAAAGUAAUGAAUGUUUGUGUAUGAAUGCUGCAGCUGUGAAGCGUACAUAAAUAAAUGAAGUAAGCCAUACUGAUAUAAUUUAUUGUAUGUUCUUUUUAUCUUGGAAUAGCUUGGUAGCUCAUUGUUAGCUCCAAACUCACCUAAAUACCUUUGGAAGAACCAGAGUUGGCUUCAGAUGUUUUUUAAUGUAAGGGGGAAAACCCUAAUAUAUGGGAUCAUUUGUCUGUGAUGAGAUGAGUGAGCGCAGUGUGACUUGUAUACAAAUCAGCAUCUUUACUUGUGCACAAUAUCUAUGUGUCCAUAGAAAUAUUGUAGAUUUUUCUUCAUAGAGGCACAGUUAGGGAGGUGUUCUUCCCCAUUCAGCAAUCGGCUCUGUCAUGACUUGGCUGGGUACACUAACCACAGAAAGUGGUACUUUAAAAGAGUAGAUCAGACAGUAUCUGUCUCAGGAUCCAUUCUACACAUGUAGUAGAGAUACAUACGAUGCUGUCUUUUCCUGGCCACCCAAUGCACCUGUUCCACUUCCAAAGUCAAUUAAUUUUCCCAUAGGGCUGUAAUUCUGAAAUAGGUCCUAGUAGAUUUAACAUUUAUCCCAGAUCAUGUGGUCAGUUGCUGGAUUUUAUCUGGGACAGUAGCACCUGAAAUGGGCCAACACAUAUCAGCUUUUGCAUGUGUAUGUCAUUUUCAAGCAUUGUGCCCUUGCAUGGAUGUCUGGUGAUGUCACAGCAGGGCAGAUUUGCUGGAUGGGGAAGGAAGGAGUGUUCUCAUGCCCCCUAUAACACGUUUUGUCCAUUGACUUACAAUAACCUUCCCAUUAUGGUACAGUUUUUGGGAAGAGCAAGAAAGAUUUUAGAUGUCCUGUGCUUUGAAUUUUAAAAUAAUAUUAUGAAGAAAAUUAUUCUAACUGUAUUGGUGCAUGCAAAGUUUGUGAGGAAAGUAGAAGUUAACAUUAAUUAACAAGGGCUAGUUCAUAGAUUUAUCUUUUCAUAAACUAAACUUAGUAUGUGUGUUUUUUAUGUGAAGUAGCUAUGGUUAUGAACAGUCUCUAGGUGUACUCUCACAUAUCAAGAAACUGGCCCUGGAUUGGUGCAAUAAGGUGAUCUUACACUUUCCUUUUGUGUAGUAUUUGAAUUGUAAUGCAGCCUCAAGUGGUCUGUAUUGGUAUUUACCCAAGUCAGGGCAAACCCUGUUUUUGGCAGAUCCCCCCUUUGUGGGGUACAGUCUCUUUACCACUUGAAAUUGCAUUCAGCUGAAUUAUUCAUUCUGAGACAUUGUAGUGACCUGAGACAGACUUUGUAAUAUGUGAAUUUAUGGUGAAUUCAUAUGACUAGUUUUCCCACUGUGUAGUAACUAUCUGCAAACACUAGGAGGAAUACCCAGAGAACAGGAGCAUAUAAAGUGGUUGGACAUAUAAUUAAGAUCCAAUACUAUGAUGCAACAAAACUGGCUUGCCAAUUACCAGAGUAUGAGUGGAUCAUGUAUGUCCCAUUUCUGUAUGGAACCUAACAUGUCAUAAUUCCAAAAAGAAUGCCACCAUAUUGUAGAAAAAUCUGGGUCAUCUUUCCAUGUUGUUAAGGUGCUGAUGAUGAUAGAUGGACGUGCUCUGCAAAAGGCUAGAAUAAACAUAACUAAGCCUCCAACUUAACAUUUUCCUGCAAGUUCAUUAACUUCACCCUUGCAAAAAUAGACCCAAAGAUUCCUAGGCUGAGCCAAAUUGGGACCAGUUUUGUGAAAUGUGAAACCACCCUGAGAAGAAGCAGGCUGUGCCUGGUCAUUUUGGCCCAUUGUGGUCUCUCAUACAAAGCUACCACUGUCUUGAUCUGUAAGUUUUCCUUCUUUCCAAUACACAGAAUCCAUUUUUCACUAUUUAUAUUAUAUUUUGUAUAGCGUGUAAUGUGAACGUUUUUGUGAAAGAAAGUUUAGAAACUUUGUUAACUUUUUAUAUAUUGGCUUCUGACUCACCAAAGAAACCUUGUUUUGUUCUACUGUGACUUGUCCUGUUUAUUGCAUGUCUUCGAAUUUAAGUCUUAUGUAGUGUCAGUUCUACUGAUGAGUCAAGUCAGAUAACUGAGAAUGACAAAUACUGAUGCAAACACUUUCAUAAUUUUUUACAUUUCUAAUAAUGACUUUUUAGCUGGUUAACCAGGGUCAACUUUUUGAUUGACUUUUAAUGGGAAAUGGAUUUGAACAUAGUCAGUUAGAUACAGAUGAUUUAUUAAAUCUGUUUUAUAAUAUACCAUAAAUAUAAUGAAUCUUGUGUACACUGAGAUUAUUCUCAAUAAACAGUAUAUAUACAUCA